GGGCCGAGAGGGACUGAGGGGGGAGAGCGGCGGCGGGGGCCGCGGGGAUAUGGGCCCGCCGCGGGCGUGAGCAGCGCUGCCCGCCAUGAGCUGCACCAUCGAUAAGAUCCUGACGGACGCACGGACGCUGCUGGAGCGGCUGAAGGAGCACGACACGGCGGCCGAGUCGCUCAUCGACCAGUCGGCCGUGCUGCACCGGCGCGUGGCCGCCAUGCGGGAGGCGGGCGCGGGCUGCGCCGACCAGGUGAGCGCGGGUGGGGCGACCCCCGUGUCUCGGCAGGGCCCGGGCAGGGCGGCCGGGCCGACCCCCGUGUCUCCUCGGCAGGGCCCGGGCGCCGCCGCGGAGCGACCCGACCCGUCCCGGCUGCGGCCGCACGUGGUGCUGGCGCAGGAGAACACACAGAUCCGCGACCUGCAGCAGGAGAACAGGGAGCUGUGGGUCUCGCUGGAGGAGCACCAGGACGCGCUAGAACUCAUCAUGAGCAAGUACAGGAAGCAGAUGCUACAGCUUCUGGAAGGGAGAAAACGUGAAGAUGCAGAACCAGUCUUGAAAGUCCAUCAGGCUAAUUCUGGGGAAAUUGAAAGUCAAAUAGACAGAAUAUGUGAGAUGGGAGAGGUGAUGAGAAAAUCUGUGCAAGUGGAUGAUGAGCAAUUCUUUAAAGUUCAGGAGAAACUGGCUCAGCUGGAGCUUGAAAACAAAGAGCUGCGUGAGCUGUUGUCAAUCAGCAAAGAAUCCUUCGAGGUGGGGAGAGAAGAUCUGCCAGACUGUGAAGCUUAGGCCACAAAAACCUCAUCUCCAAGCCUUCAGAGACUGUUAUGAAACUACCUGACAAGGAUUUGUUGUUUCAGGUGUUUCCUUGUAUAUUUGUUUUAUCCUUAAUGUGUGUGGGCUGUUUUCUCUGCAUUUUUCUGAAGUGUUGAUGGCAAAAGCUUGCACCCUGCUCUGUCUUAGUACCUGCAGCACUCAGAUGCUUAACACUGAAGUAUUUGAUGUGUCUUCCCUUGUGAUGGUUCAUUUCCUCUCCCUUUGUUAUUUUUUUAUGAGCUUUAGUUAAUAAUUCCAGCUGUGCAGAUGGCUCUUAAAUCCAUCUUGUGUGUAGCUAGAGAACAUAAUGCAGGUUGUGACUGUCGUGCUUGAUGGAAGGAGUAAGAGAUGAUUGAGAAACCACAGUGUGAAUGGCAGGGCCGUGGUUUGCUCUGGCUGCACAGGGCAGCUGGGCUCUGCAGAGUGAGUGACCCUCAGAUUCUGGCUGGCCUGACUUUGUUACUUUGCCACUGCUGAGGGGCAGUGGGAGAACAGCAGAUGCCAGCAGAGCACUUGAAGGAGCUACUCCUGUUCAGAGCAAACUUUACCUUGUUUUAGGGGUGAAGAUUGGUGUUAACGACCCUUCCUGACACACACAUUUUUGAAGGAUUAACCUUUUUUGAUCGAUAGACCUGUCCCAGCCUUACAGCGCUCCCAGUUAUCAGCCAGCCCUGCUCUGUUGGUGUGCUCAGAGCCUGCCAGAGCACAGCACCUGCAGAUCAAAGCUCUUUGGCCUCCCACUGCUUUGGGUUCAGGCAGAAUGAGCUCAGGUCUGCCUCAAAACUAAACAAACCACCUCCAUACAGAGAUUUUUUAAUGUCACAUCACAGGUGAGUGUGGUGACAAGUGUUCCAUAGUUACUGCAGGUCCUGUAUUGAGUGCAAUUAGAGGUGCAGUCUUGUAGAAGUUUCUCACUAGGGUGGUAUUUUUAAUGACACUUUUAUAUAAAGAUUUCUGUCCUACCUGUGAUCAAAGAAUAAUCUUCCAAGAACAGUAAACAUCUCAUUUCCACUAUUAGCUUAAAUUUUUAAUGCCACUUUUUCCCAAGUGAGACUUUUGAUAGAUGCAGAAGGUGACUCGUUCCUGUGUUUACUGAGAGACAGUGAACACUGGAGACAUUGUGAAAUUUGGAAUAUCCAGCAAGACUGGUAGAUAUAAGGGAUUUCUGUACAGGAGUGCUCUGGUAUACAAUCCUGUUCUAUUAGAAAUUGUUCAGGAGGGAAUUAAAAAAAAACCCAAUGGGAAA